AUGGUAAAGAGACUUAAUGCAAGAGAACUUGUAAAAAAUCAGGUGCUUCGAUGCUUCAGAUGCGGCUCGCUGUGCAAGCUGACGCAGUGCUUCGCAUGGUCGUGGUUGCCAGAGGGAAGAAACUGCAUCCAUUACAACUCCUUCACGCCCACCUCCGUCACGUACACGCCCAACCCUUCCGUCCACACUUACGUCGCCCUUGCCCCUGCGCCCGACCUCGAGUACGUCGUCCUCAAGUCGAAUGCCGUGUCGUGGCGAGACGCUCAAAUGAUCUGCUCGAGCGUGGGGGCGGUGCUGGCUUACCGGAUUGACUUUCUGUGGCUAUGGAGACUGAAGAGGUUGCAUGGUGUUAAGGGCUUCUUCUUGGGUUUGAAGAAGGAAUCGAUCUCGGACCGACACUGGAAAGACGAGUCUGGAGGAACUGUGCCUAACAGUGCCAUCUCUUGGGCUGAAUUUCAACCCAAAGAGAAACCUAACAAGCUGUGUGUUAUUAUGCAGUAUCGUAUGAUGGCUGUUGGCUGUGACAAGAAGAUUAACUUAGCUCUCCUUUGCAAGAUGCAGUUUUAAGUAAGGGUUGGAAGUGAUAUGCUGUUGAUGAUGGUGGGAGAGAUGUUUGUUUUGCUGUUGUGGUGACUGAGUGAAUAAGACUUUUGUAUCAUUAACAAAUAUAUGGGGAUUGAAUAUUAUGGAAAGCUACACCAACCAUUUAGCUGUAUUGGUGAAAUAUUUUGUGUUUUGUGUUUGAAAUAACUGAUUGUGGUGACGGCGACCUUUGUGGUGAUACCUGAGAUUUAUUAGGAAUUUAAGAAUAGAACAGUUGAAGAAGUUGAAUACAGAUGCCGGAUUGUAAGCAAGCACAAUGAGUGUUAAAUAUGUAAUAUCCUUAUACACGCAAACUUUAUACAUACAUAUGUACACACACAGAUACACACACACACACACACACACACACACACACACACACACACACACACACACACACACACACACACACACACACACACACACACACACACACAGAGUUAUAUAUUCAUACAUAUACAUGGUCUCACAUAAUAUGCGAGUGUAUAUAUAUUAUCCUCGUAUAUCGUUCUCUUAAAAUUUCUGUUCAGAGUUGGUUUCUCAGAAUGAAACAAUAUAUAUUCUUAUUUAACGUUUAUCAAGAUAGGUGAACCUGGAAAUGAAAUCACAAAUUCUGAUAUUAUUCUGUGAGGAAUAUUUAAUUUGCAACAAAUUACAGAACCGAAACGGGGACGCAUAACUAGACAGUAGUAGGAAUUUAGCUUGUUACAUAAAGUGUUAUAAUU